AUGGCGGCGGCGGCCACGGUGACGGCGCCCCCCGCGCCCUCGCCGUCCGUGCCCAGGACGGAUGGGUCGGCGGAGGCGGCGGCGCUCGCCGUGCCCGCGCCCCCCGUGCCCGGGGUUGGCGGAUCCGCGCCCAUGGCGGCCGGAUCCCGCGCGUCGAGGGCCGGUGGUGGGUGGGGCGGGUCGUCGAGCGGCGCGACGGCGGCGAGGGCGGCGGCGGGCGGCCAGGGAGCAGCAGGCCAGGCCCGCGGCGCAGAGGAGGAAGGGCGACCGGCUGAAGAGGAGACGGGAGGGAAGGAGGAGAGGGGCGGUGGCGCCGGCGUCGAGUGGGGCCGACGGUGGCGGCUAGAGGGAGGGAGGGAGAUGGAAGAGAAGACUAGAUACUAUAACAAGGACAACUCUAUAAAUGCCACUAAAGUCAAUGAGGAGGAACCCCAGGAGCAACUGUCAAUGGAAAUUAUGUGGGCAGAAGUUGUUGCUGAUGGGCAGCCACCAUUGCCUAGUACUGAUGUUGUUUCCAAGGUCCCAUUGCAGAACAGCUCCAAUAACACGUUCUUGAAGAAUGCUAGUAUACCCACUCCUUCCUCGAAGUCUCUAUCAGCUCGUGAAGAGGCACUACGUCGAGAACUUGAUGCUGAAAAACAAGGUUAA